AUGGGCGGCGCCGUGAGCGCGGCGCGGAGUUUGUUUGACAAGUACUUUGGAAAUGUGGACAUGCGCGUCGUCAUGCUCGGCCUCGACGCCGCCGGGAAGACGACCAUCCUGUACAAGCUGCACAUCGGCGAGGUCUUGUCGACGGUCCCGACGUUAGGGUUCAACGUGGAGAAGGUGCAGUACAAGAACGUGGUGUUCACGGUCUGGGACGUCGGCGGGCAGGAGAAGCUCCGACCGCUGUGGCGGCACUACUUCAACAACACGGAUGGGUUGAUCUUCGUCGUCGAUUGUCUCGAUCGCGAUCGGAUGGAAAGGGCGAAGGAGGAGUUUUAUUCCAUCGUGAACGAUGCGUUCAUGAGGAACAGCGCGAUCUUGAUCUUCGCGAAUAAGCAGGAUUUGAGAGGCGCGCUGACGACGGCGGAGUUGGUGGAGGCGUUCGAUUUGCCGAGUCUGAAGGGGAGACGGUGGCACGUGCAGGCGUCGUGCGCGACGCAGGGGUUAGGAUUGUACGAGGGAUUAGAUUGGUUGUCCUCCACGUUGGUGAAGAUGCGCCGAAAUGGGUUGAUCACGAGCGUCGGGUCGAGCGGGGAGAAACACGGGCAAGGCAGACAGGGCAGAGACGCGAGAUUCAUGUGA